CACAAUCACAGUGCCGCGCUGCCCCGCAGCCUCAGCCGCAUGGCUCUCCUCGCCUCCCCCACGCCGUUCGGCGCUGCAGCCAUCCGCCGCCGCGUCGCCCCGCUUGCUCUCAUCCCUGCAGGCGGUCGCGCCGCCCUGCACGUGGCCCUCGCGCGCCGCGGCGGGGUCUCGUCCCGCACGCAGCGGCGCCUCGAGGAGCGCGGAGGCAAGAAGCGCCGCGGCGGGGUCGCGGCGCCCGACGUGGACGAGGACGCGGCGGAGGCGGGGACGGCGGCGGAGUGGGAAGGGGAGCCGCUGGGGUUCGAGGUGUCGACGGAGCCCAUGCCGGAGCUGCCGAACCCGGAGAAGCCCGACUUCUGGGAGGGGCCUCAGUGGGAGGCCCUCGGCUUCUUCGUGCAGUACAUGUGGGCGUUCGGCGUCGUCUUCGGCCUCAUUGCUUGUGGCGUCGCUGUGGCCACCUACAACGACGGGGCAACGGAUUUCAGAGACACGCCUGCUUACAAGGAAUCCCAAUCACAGGAGUUCCCUGAGGAGUCGGAAUCAUCGAGCGCUGAUGUGUUCGAAGGCAACCCGACUGAGGUAGCACCAGCUCUUGAGUAGGACUAGCAAGGAGGCACGGGGGAGAAAACUCGUCUCUCUAUUCAAGCUUUAGCCUAUAGGGAGGGCUUCGCGUUUGCUGUAUAGAUAUAAAAGGUUUGGUUAAAAUCUGAUGCUACGAAAAUUGGCUGGUAUAAUUAUUUUGUACUGGAUUUUCCCUUAGAAUCAAAUAUAGAUGGAUGGCUAGUGCCUGGUGGUG